AUUUGUUAAUAGUGAAAACACAGACCACAUAAAAAACGCCACUUCCUUGAUCAGGCAUCAAGUAAACUAGCUAUGGCACCACCCUGCCCUAUACUUCGCUCCGCCUCUCAGCCCUCAUUGGUCAAAGCCGCCGCCCGGCAGCCCUGACAUUGGCCAGACCCGGGCACGCCGCAUCCAAUGGGCGGCGGCGCCGGCUUUCCCGCGGCCGUUUGCUCUUCCAGUGGGACGUGGAGGCGGCGGCGGCGGUUGAGGAGCGUAACGGUCGCCGGGCUCCGGCACGACAAUGGCGGCCUUGGGUCCCGGAGGCUACGCGCGGAACGAUGCUGUCGAGAAGCUGCCAUCCGUCACGGUGGGAGUUCCGGCGCGGAGGGGCCAGUGCUCUCCUCCCCCCGCUCCGCCGCUCUGUCUUCGGCGGCGGACACGACUUUCGGCGGCGUCGGAGGACACGGUGCAGAACCGGCUGUGUGGUGGUGAUUUUGAAUCCCAAGGAGAACAAGCAGCAGCAUAUUUUUAACACUGCCAGGAAGUCUCUGAGUGCUCUGGCCUUCUCUCCUGAUGGGAAGUACAUAGUGACGGGGGAGAACGGGCAUAGGCCUGCUGUACGCAUCUGGGAUGUGGAUGAGAAGAGUCAGGUGGCAGAGAUGCUGGGCCACAAGUAUGGCGUGGCCUGUGUGGCCUUCUCCCCCAAUAUGAAGCACAUUGUGUCCAUGGGCUACCAGCACGACAUGGUACUCAACGUCUGGGACUGGAAGAAAGACGUUGUGGUGGCUUCCAACAAGGUAUCGUGCAGGGUCAUUGCCCUCUCCUUCUCUGAGGACAGCAGCUAUUUUGUCACCGUAGGGAAUCGGCACGUGAGGUUCUGGUUCUUGGAAGUCUCCACGGAAGCAAAGGUGACGGGCACAGUGCCCCUCAUCGGGCGCUCAGGCAUCCUGGGUGAGCUGCACAACAACAUCUUCUGUGGUGUGGCCUGCGGCCGGGGCCGGAUGGCCGGCAGUACCUUCUGUGUGUCCUACUCGGGCCUCCUUUGCCAGUUCAACGAGAAGAGGGUGCUGGAGAAGUGGAUCAACCUGAAGGUCUCCUUAUCUUCCUGCCUCUGUGUCAGCCAGGAGCUCAUCUUCUGCGGCUGCACAGAUGGGAUAGUCCGCAUCUUCCAGGCCCACAGCUUGCAAUACCUCGCGAACCUGCCCAAACCACACUACCUUGGGGUGGAUGUGGCCCAGGGCCUGGAGCCCAGCUUCCUCUUCUGCAGGAAGGCAGAAGCAGUCUACCCAGAUACAGUGGCACUCACCUUCGACCCCAUCCAUCAGUGGCUGUCUUGUGUGUAUAAGGACCACAGCAUCUACAUCUGGGAUGUCAAAGACAUCAACAAAGUAGGCAAGAUGUGGUCGGAGCUCUUCCACAGCUCCUACGUCUGGAACGUGGAGGUGUAUCCUGAGUUUGAAGAUCAGAGAGCUUGCCUGCCAUCAGGAUCUUUUCUUACUUGUUCCUCAGACAACACCAUCCGCAUUUGGAACAUGGAUAGCAGCCCUGACUCUCACUGGCAGAAAAAUAUCUUCAGUAACACCCUGCUGAAGGUCGUGUAUGUAGAGAAUGACAUCCAGCACCUGCAGAACAUGUCCCACUUCCCAGACCGGGGGAGUGAAAAUGGGACCCCUAUGGACGUGAAGGCUGGGGUGCGAGUCAUGCAGGUCAGUCCUGAUGGCCAGCACUUGGCUUCCGGAGACCGAAGUGGAAAUCUGAGGAUCCACGAGCUGCACUUCAUGGAUGAGCUGGUCAAGGUGGAGGCCCAUGAUGCCGAGGUGCUGUGCCUGGAGUACUCCAAGCCUGAGACAGGGCUGACCUUGUUGGCCUCGGCCAGUAGGGACCGACUGAUCCACGUGCUGAACGUUGAGAAGAACUACAACCUGGAGCAGACCCUGGACGACCACUCCUCCUCCAUCACGGCCAUCAAGUUCGCUGGCAACAGAGACAUCCAGAUGAUCAGCUGUGGGGCUGACAAGAGCAUCUACUUUCGCAGUGCCCAGCGGACCUUGGAUGGACUACGCUUUGUCCGUACCCACCACGUGGCAGAGAAGACCACCUUGUACGACAUGGACAUUGAUAUCACCCAAAAGUAUGUGGCCGUGGCCUGCCAGGACCGCAAUGUGAGAGUCUACAACACCGUGAGUGGGAAGCAGAGGAAGUGCUACAAGGGCUCCCAGGGGGACGAAGGGUCCCUGCUGAAGGUCCACGUGGACCCCUCAGGCACCUUCCUGGCCACUAGCUGCUCCGACAAAAGCAUCUCAGUGAUUGACUUUUACUCGGGCGAGUGCGUUGCCAAGAUGUUUGGUCACUCAGAAAUCGUUACCGGCAUGAAGUUCACCUACGACUGUCGUCACUUGAUCACGGUAUCCGGAGACAGCUGCGUGUUCAUCUGGCACCUGGGCCCGGAAAUCACUAACUGCAUGAAGCAGCACUUGCUGGAGAUCAACCACCAGGAGCAGCAGCAGCAGCAGAACGUGAAGGAUGGGAUGUGGAGCAACCAGCCCAGGCAGGAGAGCUAUACAUCUGUGCCCAGCGAGAUAUGCUCCUUAAGCCCUGGAGAGCAGACAGAGGAUGAGCUGGAGGAAGAGUGUGAACCGGAAGAGUUGCUGAAGACACCAUCCAAAGAGAGCUUGGACCCAGAUCCUCGAUGUCUGCUGACCAAUGGCAAACUGCCACUCUGGGCAAAGCGGCUGCUAGGAGACGAAGAUGUGGCAGAUGGCUCAGCCUUCCACGCUAAGCGCAGCUACAAGCCACAUGGCCGCUGGGCAGAGCGGGCUGACCAGGAGCCCCUCAAGACCAUCCUGGAUGCCCGGGACCUGGAUUGCUACUUCACCCCCAUGAAGCCCGAGAGCCUGGAGGACUCUAUUCUGGAUACAGUGGAGCCCCAGAGCCUGGCGGCCCUGCUGAGUGAGCCGGAGAGUCCCCAGGAGGUUGGCUGUGGGCAUCCCUCCUUCCUGCCCCUGCAGAGGGAGUCCUCUGAGGACACCGAGCUCAUCAUCUACUCCCUGGAGGCAGAGUUGAUGGUCACAGGGACAGACAGUGAGUACUGCACGAAGGACGUCAAGGGGGAGCUCAGAGACCAGCAAGGUGACUCCUACCUCAGAGUCUCUUCCAUCGGCCCAAAGGAUCAGAGCCCACCUGAGGACUCGGGGGAGUCAGAGGCCGACUUGGAGUGCAGCUUCACCACCACCCACUCUCCCCCUCCACGGCCAGCCCCGGACCCUCGGUUUGACAUGAUGAUGCCCCACAUGCCAGGAUGCCCAGGUACCACAGAAGAGUUACCCCAGCCCGAGGUGCCAGGCAUAUCCGACGGCUCCCUGCCCCAGACCCCUGAGCAGGAGAAGUUCCUCCGCCACCACUUCGAGACGCUUACUGACGCUCACCCCGAGGAGCUCUUCCAUGGAGCCCUGAGAGACUUGGAGGCGUCUGAGUCUGAGGACUUCUUUAAUCCCCGGCUGAGCAUUUCAGCCCAGUUCCUCUCACGCCUCCAGAAGACAUCCAGGUUCACCCACAGCUUCCCUCCUCGGCUGCCCCUACACCUGGUGAAGUCUCCAGAGGUCAAAUUCACAGAGCUUGGGGGCAGCCAGUCCAGAGCAGAGCCUCUGAGUGCAAGCGCUGGCUACACCUCCCCAGGCAGGCCCAGCGUCCUCGCUGGGAGAAAGGCUGAGGAGGCCCAGGAGAGCCUGGAGGCCUGGCGCCCACUGACCCCCUGCCUCCCAGGCCUGGCGCCCCGUGCCCCCUCCUCCUCAGUGCUGCCCAUUGACGGGAAGCCUCCGACACCCACAGCCCUACCCACUCCAGGCCUGGCUCAGGGUGUCCACGGCCCCUCCACACACCCCUACAUGGAGGCCACUGCCAGCUCCCGUGCCAAGAUGCCACGCAGCAUCUCCCUCGAGGACAGUGAAGGCCCUGUGCUGGCUGAGCUGACCAGGCCCCUCCACAGGCCCUCCUCCGUGGGGGAGCUGGCAUCCCUGGGCCAGGAGCUCCAGGCCAUCCCCACCACUGCAGCACCCAGUUCUAACAGCGAGGGCCAAGAACCUGCCUUGUCCUCCUGGGGCAACCAUGAGGCCCGGGCCAGCCUGAAGCUGACCCUGUCGAGCAUCUGUGACAGGCUCUUGCUACCCCCUCCCCCACUGGAACCUUCGGCCACCCAACCCAGUGUCACUGUCACAACAGCCACCUUCCCAGUCCCCAGUCCCAUGGAUGCAAGCUCCCCGAGGCUCCACAAUUCCACCUUUCUCCCAAGGCUCCUGGUCCCUGAGCCCCUCAACACCCCUGCCCACCCCAUCAGCACCCCACUUCCAGAGGCCAGGGCUGGGGUCCCUGGCAGCAUCACCUCCCUCCUGGAGCCCACCCCUGAUGCACUCAGUCUGGUCCAGGGCAGCCCUGGACACUGGGAGGAGCCUGGGGUGCCAGCCAGGGUCCUGCCCCCAGCUCCUCUUGAACUGAGCAGUGUGAGCACCAUCGUGCACAGACUGCAGACUGCCUUCCAAGAAGCCCUGGACCUUUACCACCUGGUGGUCUCCAGUGACCAGGUGAGCACUGAGCAGCAGCGGCAGGCACGGACUGAGCUGGCCUCCACCUUUCUUUGGAUCCAUAACCAGCUAGAGGCCAACGACUGGCUGGUUGGGACUGACGUGGCCCCGGCCCAGGCCCAGCACAGCCUGGGUUCCCCCUCCCCAACUACACUGUGCCCCCUGGCCAGCCCCGAUUUGCAUGCCCUGCUGGAACACUACUCGGAGCUGCUGGUGCAGGCCGUACGGAGGAAGGCACGGGGGGACUGAGGCCUAGAGCCCCCUCUCCACGACAGCCCUGCCACUUCUGAAGAAAUAGGUAUCUUAAGCAAAUAAACUAACAGCUUAGAGGAAUGGUUCCUGGUGCCUGUCGGGGUGCAUGCAUAAAGCCCCCUCAGGUGAUACGGGGAAGGAAGGUGGGGUGGACAGCAGUGGUGUGUUGGACCAGCCCAAGGAACGUGGCUGGAUAAACUUUGGAAGGGAUGAAAUUUGUAUGCAGCAGGUGUUGGCCACCUAGCAUUGUACCCUCACCUGCUCUUCCUCUUCUUAUCUUACCUGGGGGACAUCAGCCCCAGCACCCUGCCUUGUUCCAGAACUCCGUCAGUGGGACCAGCAUUCCCAAGAAAUUUAGGAACUACAGUAAUGAUGACCCCAACACUUGGAUCCCAUGUCAUCCAUCCCUACUGAGCUGCUAUGGGGUCAGUUGGGGUCCUGGCCCAGCUAUUCCCCAAGGAGGGGCCAGCUCUUCCUCCCUGCCCCCCUACUGGUGCCCAAGAACCCACUGGAGCCACUGCCAUCACCAUGUGCCAGACCCUGGCUCCCACGACACACCCUGCCACCCCACUGGUUCGUGGCCCCCAGGCCAAGCCCAGGCUGCAUCCUGUGAGGUCUGGGCUUUUGUCCCCACCUGCAGCCGGGGAAAUUGAGGAGAGACCAGCAAGCUCACUGACCGCACAAUCAAGCAGCAUGCCAGGCCAUCCAGCAGCUGGGACAAGUAAUUCUCUCCCAGCAGGAGGACUCUAUCCAGAUUCAUCCCAUGAGCUCCCAGCUGUGGUACCAGCUUCCCCAAGCAACGGGCAUCUAGCCAUGUGGCAUGUUUGCCAACAAGGCCACUCUGGUGACCACAAAAGCCCCUACUGUCCCAAUUCUCUAUAAAAAGGAAGCUGGCAAGGCAGGGCCCUCUCCUGAAGCACAGCUCCACUGUGCGGCUUGCUGUCGCCUCAACCACCACUUGCCUGAGCCCCUCUCUGCUCUUUCGGGUGGUCAUGGCCCACCAGUAACAGGCUCAGAGAGAUCCAGUCUUACCCCAGAUUCCACACAGCUGAGACUCAAACCUAGGCUUGCCUAGUGGCAGAGCCAGACCCUUCAGCAUAAGGCCACGGCCCUCUGCUGUCUCUGGAAACACACACAUCACAACCAAUUGCGCUGUUUAAAAAAUUCUGCCGGGUACCUGUCUGUUGUACCUGCUGGGGAAAGGGGGAGGAACAAGACAAGCAAAGCAUCUGUCUUCGUGGUGUUAGCCUUCUAGAGAGCAAAACAGGAAUUAAAACAAUAUCUGUGGAACUGUAACUAAGCUGAGGGAGUUCGCUGUGCUGCUUGAUGAGCCAGGGAAGGCCUUUCUGGGGUGACAUUUAAGCUGAGGCCUGAGAGAAGGCACAGGUCAUGUGGACAUCUUGAGAAAGUAUCCGGGCAGACAGAAAAGCCAGUGCAAACACCGCACUGGGGGGAUCAAACAUAUGCGGAAGGAGUGGAGUGAGCUAGGAGAAAGGGUAAGAGAGGAGAUGGGAGGAAGAAUGGGGUUCAAGGGGCAGGGCCUUGUUGCUUCAUGACAUUUAAGUCCAAGAAACAUUCACAACACAAUUUUCACCCCUAAAUAAGAUGCCUGAUCUUGGUAUCUGAGGAGUUGCCGAGUAUUGUUUAUUUCCCAAAGUCCCUCUCCCUGCCCCGCCCCACAGGUUACAGACCCCUAGGGACCAGCUCUUCUUGCCCCUGCCUUGCCUGGCCACAGUCACCGAAGAUCCCUGAGGCAAGGCUUGGCAUCCAGGCCCCUGAACACCCAUCUUGAGCCUUUCCGUCGUGGAAUGU